CGUAGAUUACUCAUCCCUUCAGCCCCCCCUUCCUCAUCUCUUCGGUUUCCACGCGCGCGCGCACACACACACUCUCUCUCUCUCUCUCUAUCUCAGCUUUUAAUAAAUAUAAAUAUAAAUAUACCCAACAAUGGCUGUUAUUCUUCUUUUGCUCCUCUGUUUGGGGUUUUAGAGAAGCGAAAGGGGAGAGAGAGAGAGAGAGAGGGGGAGAGAGAGCUCGAUCGAUCGAGGAUCCACGAAGACGACGACGAAGACGAAGAAGCGCAGCGAAUUUAUGUCUCCCGAUCUGCUCCUCUUCGAUCGCGUUGUGGUGGUGAUCUUCGUCUUCGUCUUCGUCCUCGACCUCGGCUUCGUCUCCUCCUCCUCUUUCUCCUCCUCCUCCUCCUCCUCCUCUCCACGCAUGCAACAGAGGCUCCGCACCAUCGACGCCGCGAUUUCGAUGCAAAGGGUGAAGUAUAGCGGGUUCCGGCAUAUACGAGCUUGCGAUUUCCUCUUCAUCUUCCUCAGAGGACCAUUUUUGACUUGACGAAGCUGAAUCGAGAUCCUAAGAGCUCUUUUUCCCUGAUUUUCCGGCUUUUUUUGGUUUUUUUUUUACCGAUUUUUGUUCGAUUUUGUGUGUGUGAGAGAGAGAGAGAGAGAGAGAGGAGAUAGGAAUUUAGGUGAGAUGAUUAUGAAGAGGAAGAGCAAGAGGAGCACGAACCCGAUCGAGUCGGAGCCGAUCGUGCGGCGGCGGCGGCGCCGGAUCCGCGUCCUCUUCGACGAUCCCUACGCCACCGAGUCGAGCGAGGACGAGGAGGCGGCUUCGACGAAGAGGAGGAAGCGGGUGAUCCACGAGUUCUUCGUGGGAUCCAUCGCCUUCGCCGAAACCCUAGGGGCCCGUCCGUGGAAGACGAAGGCGGGGGCCAAAACCCUAACUCCGAGCUCCUCCUCCUCCCUGUCCUCGUCGUCGUCGUCCUCGUCCUCGUCCACCUCCGACGCCGCGCCGAGGUACAAGGGGGUGCGGCGGCGCAAGUGGGGGAAGUGGGCGGCGGAGAUCCGGAACCCUAGCACGCGCUCCCGCCUCUGGCUCGGCACCUUCGACACCGCCGAGGCCGCCGCCGCCGCCUACGCCGCCGCCUCCCUCCGCCUAGCCGCCGAGCGCAGCCCCUCCGCCGCCGCCGUCGCCGCCGCCCCCCCUUCCCCCUCCUCCGUCCUCGACCCCGCGCCGCCGCCCCCUAAAACCCUAACCCUAGCCGACGAGAUCCCCCUCCCCCUCCCCAUCCCCGACCCCGACCUCGGGUUCUGCUUCGGGUUCGGGUCCGGAUCCGGAUCCGGAUCCGACCCGUUGAGCGAGCUCUACGAGGAGGACCCGGUAGUAGUCGUCGACGACCUCGGCUCCUUCGCCGACUUUCCCCUGUGGGACCCCAACUUGGACGGCUCAGAUUUCCCCAGCCUCGACGCGUGGAUGGUAGAUGAUGACACCCUCCUCCCAAUUUAAAUCUGAAUUUUUGCAGCUAUUUAGUAUUUAUUCGGCAUUAUAAUACCACAAAAUCACUAAUAUUAAAUUUGCUACCUAAAAAGUGUUUGAUAAAAUGCGUUGAAAAUGCGUGUGUGAGGGAGGAAACUUCUCCUGGGUUUUUCCGAGCUUGUAAGAGCCCGCGCCCAUGGAGUUUCUUUUUCCUCCACUCAUUCACACACUUACAUACUCUCAUUAUUAUCAUCAUUAUUAUUAUAAGAAUCACUGCAUUUAUAUUGUUGUUGUUACUGUUCUACAUAUAUGUAAUAGUUAUCACUAUUUGCUAUUAUUGAAGACGAUUGGAAUCGGAGUGAGUACUUAAAAAAAAAAGCAUAA